AGCACCAUCCCUCCCCACCCCGGUCUCGUCUAGCAGUGGAACUGCCAAUCCCAUGAGAGGAAGGAGAGGUCUGGGCUGCAGGAGCGGGUUGGUUGUGGUUCCUGGAAGGCAAGGACUCUUUUGUGGCACACCCAAUGCCCAAUUACACCUUAUCUGGCUGCUGCAUGAAGCAAGUGCCCGGGAAACACUAACCCGAAGAAGAAAGUAUUUUCUUUCUGCCCCACCCCCGGGGGUGGAACGGUCGAGGCGCCAGUCUGAGAAGGAAGUCAUUCAGUCACUUGAUUUAGGGGGAACGACCCGGAAAGCGGAAUCGCUCUCUCUCUGCAGACCCUGUCCCCUUCCAGCAGGAACCUCUGGCUUAGAAGUCACUCCAGAAGCCUCCUGCUGCCUCCACACCUAAGAGCUCGAUGUCCAAGUUAUGGAUCAAGAGGGCCUCGGCUACCCUGGUGCCCCGCGAGGAACUGAAGAACCCAACGUUUGUCGGCCAAGGCGGGUUCGGUGCGGUGUUCCGGGCACAGCAUAGGACUUGGGGACAUGAUGUGGCAGUCAAGAUUGUGAACUCGAAGGCCGUAUCCAGGGAGGUGAAGGCCAUGGCAAAUCUGCAUAGCGACUACGUGUUGCAUCUGCUGGGGAUCACCGAGAGCCUGCAGUGGGACUGGGUGUCCGGACCGGCUCUGGUGACGGGAUUCAUGGAGAAUGGCUCCCUAGCAGAGCUGCUGCAGCCGGAGUGCCCUCGGCCCUGGCCGCUCAUCUGUCGCCUGUUGGAAGAAGUGGUGCUUGGGAUGUGUUACCUACACAGCCUGAACCCGGUGCUCCUGCACCGGGACCUCAAGUCCUCCAACGUUCUGCUGGACAGAGAUCUGCACGCUAAGCUGGCAGAUUUUGGCCUGUCCACAUUUCAGGGAAGGUCACAGUCAGGGACAGGGUACUGGGAGCCAGGGGGCACCCUAGCCUACUUGGCCCCAGAACUGUUAGCUAAUGUAAACCGGAAGGCCUCCAAGGCCAGUGAUGUCUACAGCUUUGGGAUCCUCAUGUGGACAGUGCUGGCUGGAAGAGAGGCUGAGUUGGUAAUCCAGACAUCGAUGGUUUGUGAAGCGGUGUGUGAGAGGCAGAACCGUCCUUCGUUGGAGGAGGUGCCUCCAUCUAGCCCUGAGACUCCCGGCUUGGAUGAAUUGAAGAAGUUGAUGCAGCACUGCUGGAGCCAUGAGCCCCAGGAAAGGCCCAGUUUCAGUGAUAUCAAAAUCAGCAAAGCCUGCUCCCUGGUGGAGGACAAGAUGGAUGUGGCUGUCUCCAAGGUGAAGAAAUUUCUGUCUGAGCACAGGAGGUUGUGUGCCUCAGAGCCAAGCCAAAGAGGGACAGAAAUGGAUGGAUCUGGGGAAAUCACAGGAAGCCAGAGCCCUUGGACUGGUUCCCUGGUUUCUGAGAUGCUAAAUAGCUUGAAUCUAGAGGAGUCACCCAGCUCAGUUCCUGAAAGAUACACGAGCCUUACUGAGGGGAACAGGGCACAGGAAGAGCACGUUCAGCAUGCCAGGACAGCGGGGAUGUCUUCCAGUCCAAUGGCUCAAACUUCCCAAACUCCAGAGACCUCACCUUUCAGAAGCCAGACACCCACACCCAUUUUAACUGGGGCUGUAGGUCCUGGCCCCCAAGGGAACCAGGGGACAGAGAGAAAUGGCACUAACUGGUCCUCUUGGGCCCCAAAGCCAAAUCCAACAACAGGGCCAUCAUCUAUUAGCCUUAACAACUGCGUCGGGGUGCAGAUUGGAAAACACAACUCCAUGACUAUACAAGGGAGACCUGUUCUGCCUGAGCAAAGCGUGGCACCCUCCAGCAUGGGUAGGGGCUGGCCCCCACAACAAGUAGGUUCAAAAGAAAGCCUGAAAGAACCUGAAGACUGGAGUGGGCCACCGAGUAUAAUCAUUGUGAAAAUAAGGCACCUUCUAAGUUGCUAGCAGGGAUCAAGGCAACCAGCAGUCUCCUCCUGUGACCCUCAACAUCUCCCUUCUUCAAGGGCAAUUAGGCCUGUGCCCAAACUGACUUUGUGAUUUGCCUCCAGGAGUCAAUAAAUGUGAAAUAAU